GCCUAAAAAGAUGCGCAAACGUGACAUGCGCAUUGCGAAAACGAAAUUUGUUUUCGGGUAUCCUCGGCCUCGUUUUGAAAUUGUAUCGGAAAGCGAGGAUGAGGAGGACGCGGAGGGAGACAUCGCCGACGAAAAUGAUGAGGAUGGAUGACGAAACUGACACACACGACGCGCCACGAUUACCAACUGUUGGCAGUAAGAGUAGACACACAGAAACACCUAAAACUUCAAAGACUAGUAGGAGUCGUGCAACAGCAGAUGACAGCGAGUACGACAGUGAGGACUAUGACGACGAGGUGGAUGAAGAGUAUCUACCGUUUCAGCUGCCACAGAUCGGAUACCCGGAUACUCCAUCCCUACCGCCCAGUAGCCAGAGCUUCCGAUCGAGGUACAGUGGGUACACCGAAAGUGUUCCGGACCUGCCGUCACUUCCGCCGUCACGCAAUUUGACAGCGCAGACUACGCGGACCCACAAGACGCAUUUUACGGGCCAGCGGGCUGCCACCGUAAAGACCGCCAAGACAGACAAAACCAAGGGAUCCAAGUCGAAGAAGAAAAGUUCCGUGGACAGCGGCUAUGAAGAGGACGGUCGCAGCGGAAGGAGCACGGAGAGCCGCCAGUCACUCCCGGACGGACCUGUCAUCAGUACAACUAGAACCUUCCAGGGAAGAUUCUUCGAUCCAGUAACCAAGCAGGUGAUGCUUUAUGAUAUUGGCACUACUCCGGGCCGGCGACUUCCAGUCGGAAAUAUCGAGCCGCUCAACAAAGCUCCAUUGGUUCCGGAAACCGGCAAACAAACAUUGAAGUCGGGAUCCAACCCUUCGGGCUCGAAACCGGGAACAAGGGAGAGCAAUAAGUCUCAGACGAGUCACCAUAGCGUUCCUAAGGCGGCGGUUCUGGGUGCCGUUUCCAUCUCGAAUAUGCUGCGUGCGAACAAAAAGAACAAGGAGAACAUUGAGGCUGCAGUUGAGGGCGAGGACGGGGCGGGGCAGUGAACAUGACGUCAUUUUGUCCAGCAACGAGCUUUUCAUGUGACCUUACGAUGUGUAUACUAGGUCAACAUUGUUUGAUUGACAUGACUAGGCAGGUUUGGUAUGUUCAUGUAUAGAUCGCAUAAAAUCAGGUCAAUCACAACUUGUCGUACGGCCAAUGAAGUACUGUGCUUGUAAAUAGAACUGGGUUCUGUUCCUAAUGUACUGUCUCUAUUUUGUAUACCUAAUGCUCAAUGCUAUUACCGAGUUACCCGGCAUAUGUUACCCAUUAUAUCCACUUAAAAUCACGAAAAGGAGGUGUUUUACCUAGGACGUCUGUCUGUCCGCAGACACAAACUUGUCUGACAUUCAAACUUGCAUGCAUUUUUUCCAUAUGCUAUAGCACAUUGACCAUGUUAAUCUUUUAUUAUGUUACGUUGAAAAAUUGCAAAAGUUAUGUCCUUUCUAUAACAUUAUUACAAAUUGUACAUGUGUCACUUGAUAAUUUACUGUCUGUCAAUAAUAUGUUAUGAUAAUACUUGAUAAUAAUAUAUGAUUUCUAUAAGGUCAUCCAACAUGAUGCUGAAGAUUUCCUUCUUUACUGGAUAUAUUGAAGU